AUGAAUCACUCAGUCAUGGCCAAUGGUGAAAAGAGAACCCCUUCAGUCAUUUUAAUGGACUUCUUUAAUAUGAUUCCGUUCACAGAUCGGACUAGCGUUUCUUCAACUUUAACCGAAAUCCGCAACAGCCUGGAUGAUGUAAUUCCAAAUACUAAUCCUAUAGCACCAUUUAUUAGCAAAAUCAGGCAGCUACAGUUAGUUUUCAUGAGGAUUCCCAUGGUAUUAAGAAAACAAAUCAAAUCCCUUUUACUGGAAGGCUUAGAAGCGUCGUCAGAAAUCUCUAACCCACUUCUGUGUAUUUUUACACUGUGUCUAUGUUUAUUGGAAUUAAGCGUUUUGAGAAACUGUGAUCGGUCAGACUUAGAAAGCGAAGAUAUUUGGACAACUAUCAAAGAAUUAAAUCGUUCUAUAUUACCCAAAUUAUGUGAAAAAAUAAAGCAACAAAAAACGAAUCUGCCUUCACUUUUAUCAUGGUCAUAUUGUAUGUUAGCAUUCACUUUCUAUGCUUGUGCAGAGUGGGUACAUAAUCAAGGUUGUGAACCUUCACCUUCCUUUUGUGUCCAGAAUCCCGUAGUUUUAGAUGAAACUAUUUUGGAUCAUCCGACUGUGCCACAUAUAUUGCGCCAUAUUCUCUAUAAUCAGGUAAAGAAUAGACCUUAUUUUACACCACCUACUUCACGAACGCUAAUAGAUCUUAUAUUUUCAAGUGCAAUAUCUAGCAAUGCAGGAAUUUUAAUGUCUUGUAAGUAUAAAAAAACAUACGACCUAUCCGACUGUUGUAUUGAAUUUGAUGAACCUCCGGUUCAACCUGUCAAAGUUGAUGAAAUCAAAUCUAAUCCUAAAGACAAACCACGUCAAUUGCCUUCAUGUUUUCAAGAUAAUUUACAAACAGGUUCCUUCAAAAAAAUUUAUUCUAACCUGAGUUUGUUGAAACAACUACUUGGAAAUCCUGACUCCCAGAAUUCUUUACUGGAACCAUUAAUUUUCAGCUUACGACAGUCACCUUUCAUAUUGAAACGCUUGAGAAGUUGCUUGUCAAGUCUAAAACCAAAUGACACUAAUAUCUGCUUAUAUGAGAAAAUUUAUACCUUACUACUACAAUUGUGGUUUCAAGCUGCUAUGGAUCGUACGUUGCUUAAGAAUUUUCCACAAUCAUAUAUAUGGUUGUGUGGUUUCACUUGCCCGAUGUAUGAGGUAAUGAGUAUGACUGGAUUCUAUGAUGCUGUUAUAUGGACUGGGCGUUUUCUGACUGCUUAUGAGAAUAUGUUUAGGUCAUCAAUUUUUAACUCACCGCACUGGUACCUACAAAUGAUUACGGAUGCAGUGAUUGCUAUAAUAGAUCGAUCAGGAAAAGGUAGUCAACAGGAUAUAUCAUCUGAUCAACUGGAUGAAUUGCUUUGUAGUUGUAUGGCUGCAAUUGUCAGACCAUUUCAUGCUCUCAGAAUUGAAGAUCACGAAGUUUAUGCUGAAAUGUCUAGAGCGAUUAAAGUCCCUUUAGAAUCGAUUGUAUCACAUCUUUCAAGUUGUUCAGUUAUAAAAGAUAGUUCAAGUACAAAUAUCAAAGAAAAAAAAACAAAAACAACAGAACCAACAAGUACAACAACUAUAAAUUUUAGAUUAAAAGAUUUCAUAGUUCAUCAUCUCAUAUUUCCAAUGAUCAGAGCAUGUGACAAAUGGGCAAUGGGACAAGCAAAGUUGGGAAUAAAACCACAUUGUGCAAAAGCUCUUCUUAAUCAACUUAUUAUUGAUGCUAAAAUUCAAAAUGAAAACAUUGAAGGCCCUCCUCAAGUCGCACAAAAGUUGGAUAUCGUUAGACCACCUGCUGUAGGUGGCUUGCAUGUAGCGGAAAAACUAUCGUUAAAACGAAAACGAUAA